AUGGGCUGUUUCCUGGUUGCAUUCGCACUGGCAGCAGGAACUCUGAAACUGCAGACAGCGAUGUCUUUAUUCACGCCAUUUACAAAUGUCAAAAACUGGUGAAUGGAGGACGCUGAGAUCGGAGCUGUUUUUAUUGGGUGUCGAGAUGGAAUGUAAACGCACAAUUUACACGAUUGAAACAGCACGAAGUGUUACAUAUAAUCAAGGCUGAGAAAAGAACACAAUGCUGCAGUCAACAGUUUAGUGUCCACAGAAUGAAAAGCUUCGUCACGGUGUGCUGUCUGAGCAUUCUGCUGGGUCUUGUGGCUGUAGUUGAGAGUGAUGAAGACUACACUGAGGAUGAAGAGAUGAUCCUGUCUUUAAUUCUGCAGGAUGACACCCAGCCUGAAGCAGAGAGCAGGCCAUCCGCCCAGUUUUACAGGUGCACUAAGGACGCUUGGCGCAUGCCAGGUCAGUAUAUAGUGGUGAUGCGGAACGGAACGCAUGUGAACCAGGUGGAGCGCACUGCGCGCAGACUCCGCGCAAAAGCUGCCAAACGCGGUUAUCUGAUCGAAAUCCUGCAGACCUAUUCAGGAGCUUUUUACGGGUUUUUGGUGAAAAUGAGCAGCGAUGUUCUUCACAUGGCAGUAAAGCUGCCCCAUGUGGAAUACAUUGAAGAGGAUUCCUCCGUCUUUGCCCAGAGCAUCCCAUGGAACCUGCAGCGCAUCCUUCAAAACAAACAUGAGCCUGGAAAAUACUCACCACCCAAUGAUGGAGCAAAGGUGGGAGUGUAUCUUUUGGACACAAGCGUUCAGGUGACUCAUCGUGAGAUUGAGGACAGGGUGAUGGUGACGGACUUCAGCAGUGUGCCGGAGGAGGAUGGGGUUAGAGUUCACAGACAGGCUAGUCUGUGUGACAGUCAUGGGACGCACAUAGCAGGUGUGGUCAGUGGACGGGAUUCAGGUGUAGCUCGAGGAGCCAGUGUAAACAGCGUUCGAGUGUUAAACUGCCAAGGCAAGGGUACCGUGUCAGGAGCUUUGGCAGGUCUGGAGUAUAUCCAAUCAUCUCUAAUGUCUCAGCCUAUCAGACCUGUGGUCCUACUGCUGCCAUUUGUAGGAGGAUUCAGUCGCACACUCAACGCUGCCUGCAGGAAAAUGGUGGAAUCUGGGGCAGUACUUAUUGCUGCAGCUGGUAACUACAACGAUGAUGCUUGUCUGUACUCACCAGCCUCAGAACCCGAGGUGAUAACAGUAGGAGCCGUUAAUUUUGCUGACCAGCCCUUGAGCACUGGGACGACAGGCACCAAUGUGGGUCGCUGCGUGGAUGUGUUCGCACCUGGUGAUGACAUCAUCAGUGCUUCCAGUGAUUGCUCCACCUGCUUCACCACUAAGAGUGGAACAUCACAGGCAGCAGCACAUGUCGCUGGUAUAGCGGCGGUGCUUCUAAAUCUGAGUCCGAACUCCAGUUCUGCUGAGCUUCUACAACAGCUACGCUAUCAUUCAGUCAAACAAGUCAUUAACCCUGAGUCUCUGCCAUUGAACCACCGUCUCACUACACCCAACAUGGUGGUUGCCCUGCCCGACCCGAAAUCCACACUCACAGGAGAGGAUUUGCUCUGUAGAUCUGUUUGGUCUGAGAGGUCAGCUGCUAAAGGUUUCGCCACAGUUACAGCCCGCUGUCGCCAGGGUGAAGAGAUGCUGAGCUGCUCCAGUUUUUCACAAAACGGAGCAAGAGCUGGAGAAAGAGUGGAGGAGAGAGAUGGACAGAAAGAGUGUGUUGCUGUCAAUGGGAAUGGAGGGCAAGGUGUGUUCGCUGCAGCGCGCUGCUGCACAGGCCAUAAAGCUCAGUGCCAGAUGUUAGAGAGUCCCAAGAGAGGCGAAGAUGCAGAAUGUCCUCCAGAUCACCAGCUGACAGGCUGUAGUUCUUCCUCUUCAACUGGAGACGUAUCGGACUCUGGUCGCCCUCUACAUGGCAGCCGCAGGGCAUGUCCUGCUAAAAGGGGUGCAACGUCAUACGCCUCCUGCUGCCACACGUCCUCUCUGGAGUGCCGGCUAAAAGAACAUGACUCUACGGGUCUCAGCGAGCAGGUGGAAAUUUCAUGUGAGGACUCAUGGACGCUGACAGGCUGUCAGGGUCUGUCACAUGGUUCUGUCAUUCGCGGAGCAUUUGCUUUGGGAAACACCUGUGUAGUUCACACAUCUGGAGAAGACAAAGGAGCUGCCGCUAUCGCUACAUGCUGCAGGCACCGCCUGUCCCACCAGCCAUCUGACCACUGAGGGACGUGUGUUCUUCCUUUUCUCAUUUCUCUAAGCACGUAACCAUUGGACGUAACUGCUGUAACACAUAUAAUAGUUGGAGGUGUUACACAAGUGAGCUCAGUUCUGUCACUUACACAACAUAAGUCCAUUGCAUCAUUGCAUCAAGUCCAUAACUGGUUCUGGAUAUAACCACAUACAAUCUAGACACUCUACAAGGGGUGUUAAAACACUUUAAAAGACGUUUGAACUGCAAAACACAUUUAUACGUGCAUUAAUAUUAGCAAUAAUUAUUUUCAUGUUACGGCUAUAAAACUCUAUACUAUUUUAAGUAAUAAUAAAAAACACUAAAAUUAACAAAUUGUGAAUUCAGGCAUCACUGAAAAAUGGGUAUUCAUUUUCAGAUUUGCUAAAAAUUAUAUUUAACAGUGGUAAAGUUAGCAAUAAAUGACAGCUAGCUGUAAAAAAAAAAUACAGAAAACAAGCAUGUACAAUGAAAUAUGCAACAUCAGCCAAUAUAUUUAAAAUAUGCACCAAAACUGCUAAAUUAAAGUAUUUUCAAUAUCGAUUACCUGUAUUAUAGAUAAUACCACGUUGACUGUAUUUAGACCAGUAAUUUUUAUAUUUACAUAUUUUCUGAAAUGGAGAUCUAUUUUCACUAUUUUUGGCAAGAGCGUUAUCUACAAUUAUGCAUGUGCACUGUGUAGUUCUUUUUAUAAAUGUAUAUUUUUAUAUUACAAACUAUGUUAACUUCAUCUAAUGGACUUAAAUGAACUUCAGACUUGACACAUACAAAAUCAGACAGUCUGAGAAGUUGUGCAUUCCAGUUUUUCCUUUUUUAUAUCAAAUGUUUUCAUUGUCAAACUCUGAUGUACAAAUUAAAAUGUGGUUUUAACAUG